AUGAGUGAAGGUGAUCGAAGCAACCUUCCUGAUAAAGUACUUAGCGAGAACUUUUUAAGCGUCAUAUUUUUAAACAAUACUACACACAUCACGUUCAGCAGCACAAGCAUGAGACUACUCCUGAGCUACUUGCUUUUGGCCCUAUUCUUGGCUCCUUGCUGCAGGGCUUGCUCCUCGUCCUGUUGUUCUUCUUCGCCUUCUUCUUUGCCCUUUGGAGUUGAAGAUUGCAGGGACACUUCGCUGAUGGAUGCUUUUGACUCUGCGCUAGCCAUCACUAAAGCCAAUGGUAGCUACUCUGAGAUCUUUGCACCUGAACUCAGCUCAGGAGCACUAUUCAUCCCCUUGGAUUGUGCUGCCGAUCCGAGCCUUUUCCCGUUCCCUGCACGCACGCCAGGCACCCUCUUGGAUACUGUACUCAGCCGUGGAGCCAUUCGUAGUUUCGAAGUCGACAAUGCUGAGCUAAACACGCUUAUGGAGCUGAUGGUUUCGAUCAUUUCCAACCAAUACGACGUCCCCUUGACGCGUGUGGUGUUGUCAUUCCCCGACAACUCCACCAUUGCCAUUGAGAUGCUCAUCGCUGGUAUCGUCGACCUUGCAGGUCCUGACUUCUCAUUAGGCGGGGAGUUCAUGGGCAUCGCCAGGAAGCGUGUCACCCAACAGUCCUGCGCUACAACCGAUGGCUUGGGGGUCUUCACCGUGCUGGAUAACUCUCCUUUCACCUCUUUCGCAGACCUCCAAUCCGCCCCCACGCUGACCACCCUCACCAACGCUGAAGGCAGUGCUACCAUCUAUUCCUCUGUGUUGCCUAACCUGGACGUUACCGUGAAUGCGGCGAUCCCCGAUGCCGAUAUCGUGGCAGCCCUGCGAACUGGCGCGAUUAAUGUGGUGAUCGACCUCGACGUGGCAUUUCUGGCCUCGGAGGGCAUUGACGUGACAGGGCUCAGGAGCUUCUUCGGCGGCUUCGAUAAUCCUAACGGGUCGCUCUUUGCCAUUCGCUGCCUGCCGAGACACCUCUGCGGCAAGAAGAACCAGAAGUGGAAGAAGUCGAUGUGA